ACUCCGCAGCCCUCCCGCGGGGGCUCGGGCAUCUCUGCGCGCCGGGCGGUGCGAGCGGCAGCCGGGCCGCGCUGCGCUGCGCUGCGCUCGGGGGGGCGGCAUGGAGAGCGCGUACCUCGCCUGGGAGCUGGCGCACGCCGUGCUGCUGCUGAGCCUCUUCCCCGCAGGUGGUUCAUUGCUGCAUGAAGAGCCUUCACUUGUUGUGAAUAAGGGAGAGGAAUUAAGACUGAAAUGCAAUGAGGACGGACCCGUGACUUGGAAUUUUCAGAACUCUGACCCGUUGGCAAAAGCGAGGAGCUCCAACGAGAAAGAGUGGCACACCAGAAAUGCAACAACCAGAGACAUAGGCAGAUACAUAUGCAAAAGCAAAGGGAGUAUUGUCACCUCUUUUUAUGUUUUUGUUAAAGAUCCAAAUGUGCUCUUCCUUGUUGAUUCCCUGAUAUAUGGAAAAGAAGACAGUGACAUCCUGCUGGUGUGCCCGUUAACAGAUCCAGAUGUGGCAAAUUUCACACUGAGAAAAUGUGAUGGCAAACCUCUCCCCAAGAACAUGACGUUCAUUCCCAAUCCCCAGAAAGGCAUCAUUAUAAAGAACGUACAGAGGUCGUUCAAGGGGUGCUACCAGUGCUUGGCAAAGCAGAACGGAGUGCAGAAGAUUUCGGAACAUAUUUUCCUGAACGUGAGGCCAGUUCACAAAACUCUUCCAGUCAUUACCUUAUCCAAAACCUAUGAGCUUCUCAAAGAAGGGGAAGAAUUUGAAGUUACAUGCAUAAUCACGGAUGUGGACAGCAGCGUCCAACCAAGUUGGAUUUCUCACAAAAGUGGGAUUGUUACAAGCAAAAGCAGAAAUUUGGGUGAUUAUGGAUACGAAAGGAAAUUAACAUUGAACAUCCGUUCAGUGGGAGUUAAUGAUUCUGGAGAAUUCACAUGCCAAGCAGAAAACCCUUUUGGAAAAACCAAUGCCACAGUAACCUUGAAAGCACUAGCUAAAGGAUUUGUCCGUUUGUUUGCAACAAUGAAUACCACAAUAGAUAUAAAUGCAGGACAAAAUGGAAAUUUAACAGUUGAAUAUGAGGCAUAUCCAAAACCGAAGGAGGAAGUGUGGAUGUACAUGAACGAAACGUUGCAGAAUUCAUCGGAUCAUUAUGUCAGAUUCAAGACUGUGGGCAAUAACAGCUACACAAGUGAACUUCACCUUACCCGAUUAAAAGGAACAGAAGGAGGCAUUUACACAUUCUUUGUGUCCAAUUCUGAUGCCAGCUCCUCUGUAACGUUUAAUGUCUAUGUGAAAACAAAACCAGAGAUUCUCACUUUGGAUAUACUUAGCAAUGAUAUUCUCCAGUGUGUAGCAGCUGGCUUCCCAGCCCCCACCAUAUACUGGUAUUUUUGCCCAGGAACUGAACAGAGGUGUUUUGAUUCACCAACAAUAUCCCCCAUGGAUGUGAAGAUCAGUUACACAAAUUCCUCGGUGCCGUCCUUUGAGCGAAUUCUGGUUGAGAGCACCAUUAACGUCAGCCUGUUCAGGAGCACCGGCACUGUGUGCUGUGAGGCCUCCAGCAACGGGGACAAAAGUUCGGCUUUUUUCAACUUUGCUAUUAAAGAACAAAUCCGUACCCAUACCCUCUUCACACCUUUACUAACCGCAUUUGGAGUAGCUGCAGGACUGAUGUGCAUCAUCGUCAUGGUUUUGGUGUAUGUAUAUUUGCAGAAACCCAAAUAUGAAGUUCAGUGGAAAGUUGUUGAAGAAAUAAAUGGAAACAACUAUGUUUACAUAGACCCAACACAACUUCCUUAUGAUCACAAAUGGGAAUUUCCUAGAAACCGGCUGAGUUUUGGUAAAACUCUUGGUGCAGGAGCUUUUGGAAAGGUAGUUGAAGCCACUGCUUAUGGUCUGUUUAAAUCUGAUGCUGCUAUGACAGUAGCAGUAAAAAUGUUGAAACCAAGUGCCCAUUUAACAGAAAGAGAAGCUUUGAUGUCAGAGCUUAAAGUCCUGAGUUACCUCGGUAACCACAUUAAUAUUGUGAAUCUACUUGGAGCUUGCACUAUUGGAGGUCCCACUCUGGUGAUCACAGAAUAUUGCUGCUAUGGUGAUCUUUUGAAUUUUCUGAGGCGGAAACGAGAUUCAUUUAUUUGUCCAAAACAUGAAGAACACGCAGAAACAGCAGUUUACGAGAACCUUUUGCAUCAGGCAGAGCCUGCAGCUGAUGUUGUCAAUGAGUACAUGGACAUGAAACCAGGAGUGUCAUAUUCAGUCCCACCAAAAGCUGAUAAAAAAAGACCAGUAAAGUCUGGAUCCUACACUGAUCAGGAUGUUACCCUUUCUAUGUUGGAAGACGAUGAACUUGCUCUAGAUGUUGAAGAUCUGCUAAGCUUUUCUUACCAGGUGGCAAAGGGCAUGAGCUUCCUUGCCUCUAAAAAUUGCAUUCAUAGGGAUCUGGCAGCAAGAAAUAUUCUCCUCACUCAUGGUCGCAUAACAAAAAUCUGUGACUUUGGCCUGGCAAGAGAUAUAAGGAAUGAUUCAAAUUAUGUGGUCAAAGGAAAUGCUCGACUUCCUGUGAAGUGGAUGGCACCUGAAAGUAUUUUUAAUUGUGUUUACACCUUUGAGAGUGAUGUCUGGUCUUACGGAAUAUUGCUGUGGGAACUCUUUUCUUUAGGAAGCAGCCCCUAUCCAGGGAUGCCUGUGGACUCCAAGUUCUAUAAAAUGAUCAAGGAGGGAUACAGGAUGUUCAGCCCUGAGUGUGCACCACCUGAAAUGUAUGACAUAAUGAAGAGCUGCUGGGAUGCUGAUCCUUUACAGAGACCCACAUUUAAACAGAUUGUCCAGCUGAUCGAGCAGCAGCUUUCAGAUAAUGCCCCCCGGGUUUAUGCAAACUUCUCAACUCCACCUUCCAGUCAAGGAAAUGCUACAGAUCACUCUGUGCGGAUUAAUUCAGUGGGCAGCAGCGCUUCAUCGACUCAGCCUCUCCUGGUACGCGAAGAUGUUUGAAAGAGGAGUUGGUGUCUGGAAGAAGAGGAGCCCAGAUGGAUUUGCUGUUUGUAUUUUGCAGGGGGUGAGAGAGGGAUGACUUCAAUAAUUUCUCUUACUUUUACUCACUACUACCACUGUGUAGCUGAAAUGUUGUUGUAAUACUGUCCUUUACCACACACUGUUACACAUAAACUUAAUCUGCCAAGCACGGUUACAGGCAUCAUUGCAAUGUUAACUGAAGCUGUAUAUAUGUUGCUAUAUUGUGUGUAUUUGCAGUAGAGAGCCAGAUCUGAAGAAAAAAAAGAAAAUCCUGAGCCAGGGUGUGGAAUGAGAUGACUACAGAUCAACCCAGAUCUGCAGCGGUCCUGCUCUGGAUUUGUGCCUGCAAAGCGUUUAGUCAUUUUCUAGUUAACUUUAUUUUGCUGGAUUUAAAAAAUAAAUUAAUAUAAAGCUAAUUGCUUUACAAGCCCCUUUCCGCAUCCAGCCGUGCCUGCGAACCUUUCCCAGGCAGAUAGGGCAGGCUGGAGGCCAGCAAGGGUGCUGGAUGUGUCGGGGAAGGGGACGAAUCCCUUCUGCCGUGCCAUGGUCCCUCCCAGGCACUCUGGGAUUCGAACCAGGUGCCGAGGGGGUAGCGCAGACCGUCGCCUUUGUAUCCCACCCGUGCUGUCGGCCUUGCAAGCCGGUUACAGCCACACCGCGGGGUUGUGCCCUGUGUGUGUCUGCCCAGUUUCCAGCCAUGGGAGGAGCUGCUGGUGCCUGGGUCUCAUCCCGCUGCGGAGCCGGAGCGGAGCGUCCCCCCGAGCCGGGAGCCCGCGUGCACCCUGCACGAGGGCUCAGACACUCGUUUUGCUGAUAGUUGCAUCCCAAAGUGGUCACCAAAGAUAGAUGGGCCCUGCUGGGUCGGUCAAAAUACAGGAGAGCCGUUUGUAAUAAACUGCGCGUGUGGAGGAGAGACUGUUUAACGAGUCAUCUUAUCUAAAGGAGAGCAGCAGCAGAAAAUCCUCUCCUGAGGGCCCUUUGUUUAUCUUUCUGUACCCAGGUGAAUAUUUCCCACAGACAGGCGUGAAUAGCACUAACUGGAAAGGGCUAUUCCCCCCCACACCCCGGUCGUUUCAUCUUUCUAGCUCUGUCCUAGUGCUGAGACCAUAACGGAGAAGAAGAGCUUAACUGGGAAGCAUUGAAUUUUUAAGUAGGAUGAAACAAAGUAUACCUUCAGUCUUGUUUUACAGACAUGAGGCGUUGGGGUCAGGAUCUGUUGAGCCCAGGAUUGUGCUUAAGUAUUUUAUAACCUCUUUUCUUCCCAUCAGAAACACUGCUAGUUCUUUUCUUCCUUUGUUUCUGUCACCUAUAAAUUAGUAGAUGCAUUGAGAGGAGCAUUUCAGAGACAGAGUACUAGUUAAGUACCUAUUUAUUUACAAUGCACUUAAGCACUCUCUAAUUUAUACUUUACCAGGAUUUUGGUUGAGUUUACAUUCAUUUUAAAUGUGUAACUAACUGCCCAAAUGCAAGAUAGUUGUAAAUACACACACUGGUAGUAUAUUUUAGGUUAUAUGGAAUACCGCGUUCUUUAUAUGACUGUGCAUUUGGUUUAUUGUUACAGAAAUUUGUCUUUCGGAGCUAGUCAAAAAUUAGCCAUUUGCACUGAGCUUACCUAGGCUGUUGCACCUUUCCAAAGUUAGCCAGUUGUUUGGAAGCACUCUUAUGCAUACUUGUUGUUGAGCAUUUUCAGUUUAAUGCUAUAAAAGCUCUUUUGUAGUGUGUUGGCUUUCAGAGCAACUGUAGACAAACUAGUUGUUAUAAUUAUAGAUGUCUCGGUACUUUACGGACACUUAGCUGAAAGAAGUUUUGGGUUUUUUUGUUCUUGAAAUUUAUAUUUUUAUAAUUUGGGGAUUUUUGAAACUUCCUUUGCAAUGGCUUGGUGUUUUGAAUGGUUUUAUGCAUUGUUUUUGUAAAUAUGGAAAUGUAGCAAUAAUGUCCUUUUGACUAUUCUCAGUCCUUGAGUCUCAAAAAUAUUUUUUUAUAUAUAUAUAUGCAAAAACUAUAUGUAUAAAUAUGUAAGUGUUUUAAAGUUUAUGAAACACUUAUGGAUACGUUGCUCAGUUGUAGAAUUGCAGUUCAGAAAAGUUCAAAUAAAUUUGUAAAUAUGUAUUCAAAUGCUGCUGUGUACUAUGUUAAGAUGGAAUAUUUUCAUGUAAGUCUUAAUAAAUUCUUGGGUUGAAGCAAAA